AUUAAUGACAAACGAACGCUCCAGGCUGGUAUUGAGUGACAGCGGGCGCUAUUACCAAAAAUCCGAAGUAUGAACGCGCGAGCAAGCGGGUGAGUGAUAGCCGCAGAAGCCGUGCAUCAUCAACCGGUAAUCCCCGGCUUAAUCAACAACAACCACCACUCUAGUUUCCACAAUCACCUGGUGCUCCACAUGGCCUCCUCUGACGAUGAUCACUUUGACCUCGGUGACGAGUUGCUUGCGCUUGCUGGUGACUCAGAAUCUAACAAGCCGCGGAAGAAACGCGCAGCUCCAACAUCCAAAGGCGCUUCAUCAUCCAAGCGGCGCAAACAAGAAGUACCCGUGCAAUCUGACGAGGAUGAGCCUGAGAGUGAAGAAGACGAAUCGAAUCCAUACCCCCUGGAUGGCAUAUACAAGGAUGAACUUGACCGCCAACGCCUAAUGCAGAUGAACGAAAUUGAACGGGAACAAAUUCUGGCCGAGCGACGUGAACAGCAUCAAAAACUCCUUGAUAAGAUGAACCUAGAGCGACUACUGAAGGCCAAACGUAGAGACCAAAAUUCUCCAGAUGAUGAUAAAGUUUCAUCGGCUGCCAAGCGGAAACACACUGCCACUGGGAGAACUCAAGAGAAAGCUAGAGGACUGGCUGCACUUACUGAGAAACGACGGGCUAAGAAGGAACUAUUUUCAUCAUUCUCACGACCAAUUUCACAACGGCGAACUCGUCCCCAGGGCGAGAAAGAUGAAGAUUCACCGAAGCGAACUAAAAGGGAAUCCUCUUCGGAAGAAUACUCUGAUGAAGAUGGAGAAGCCAACAAAGAGGAGCCGCGUGAAGAGAAGGAAAGACCAGAGGUCGUUGAGGAAAUCGGUGUUGAUGACUUGUCUAAGGCAAGAAUAACCCGAGACAUGCUGGCUAAAUACUGUUUCCGGCCGUGGUUUGAAGAGCUUGUCAAAGGCGCUUGGAUAAGAUACAAUUUUGGGCCGGACCAAUCUGGUCGCCCUACUUACCGUAUAUGUGAAGUUGUCGAUGUGGGGGUUCAUCUGAUUCCUCCUUACAACCUCGACGACAAAACUAGGAUCAACAAGCAAUUGGAACUAAAACAUGGCUCAUUGCAAAAAUGCUGGAAUAUGGAUAGGGUUUCCAAUGGUCCCUUCCCACAGGACGAAUUUGACAGUCUUAUGCGACAUCUCAAAAGAGAUGACGUUAAUCCGCCUAGGAAAAGCGCUUUGGAGAAAAAGCACCAGCAGAUCCUAAUGUAUUCCAAGCAGACGAUGACAGAGAGUGACCUCCAGGCUAUGCUGAGAGCCAAGAACGAAGUCCUGGAUAAUCGUCCGUCCUUCCAAACCUUGCUUGCGAGGAAAGCUACUCUUAACCAACAGCUCACUCUUGCUCAAAAUCGGCGAGACCAAAAGGAAAUCGGGCGCAUCGAAGGCGAACUCGCUGAGCUCUCCUCUGACGCCACUAAGCGCGGCGAGAUGGCUGAUCGUACAACGAUCGUUAAUGAACGUGAUAGGAAGGCGAACCUUGAGUCAAUACGGAACCAAGAGGAAGCAGAAAGAGAAAGACGGCGUAAGGCCGCGCUCGGUGCUUCAAUGGUUGCCAGUCAGAACGGGUCCAGAUCCGGAUCCCCGUUUAUCAAAGCGGAUCUUAGUGCAAGAGUUAAAACUAUGCCGAAGUUGGUGCACGAGAUGAAGUCCAGGGCUAACAUGGUCUUGGUCACCGUGUUGAUGCCUGUCUCCAGCCGGGCUGGGACCCCGAAUGUGGAUGGACCUACAAAAGACGCGAAAACUACACCAUUCUCAUCGUCAAUUGCUGAUACGCCUGCACUCUCUUCCAAUUCCUUCGAUGCUUUGACAAGUUCCAUUGAGCUUGACUUGGGCGACUUCUGA